ACCGUGAAGCACUCCAUCCUACCAUGACAUAACAUCCCCGAAAUCUUGCCAGCCCAGCAUGUGGCGGGACCGCACCAACCUCUUUAUAUCAUACCGCCAGUCCUACUCGCACCACCCCCAGAAGAAGACGCGCUAUGCCGGCCCGGGUUCCAAUGGCUUCGGCGACAGCAGGCGCAUGUCGGAUGAGCGGCAGGGGCUCAUGUCCAGCGGUGCUUAUGAAGAUGACGGCGACGCGGUGAUUGAAAUGGACCUGCUGCCGCCUCGAUGGCUGGAUGUGCAGGACGAAAUCACCGAACACCUAGCAGAAAUAGCAAAGCAGACCCGCAAGCUCGACCAGCUGCACCAGAAGCACGUGCUGCCUGGCUUCGACGAUGAAGAUGUGAAGAAGCGGGAGGAGCGCGAAAUCGAGCACCUUACACAGGGCAUCACACGUCUCUUCCAAAAGUGCCAACAGGCCAUCAAGCGCAUAGAGACCAUGGUGCGUGAGGCGAAGCAGCAGGGCAACAUCAACCAGGGCGAGGAGAUCAUGGCCCAGAAUCUCAAGAUAUCACUGGCCACACGCGUGGGUGAAGUGAGCGCCAUGUUCCGGAAGAAGCAGUCGGCAUACCUCAAGAAGCUGCGUGAUCUUGGUGGCUUUGCAUCGCCCUUCCGGUCGGCAACACCGGUACAGAACCCCUACAACGACCCAGCCCUACAGGAAUCAGACGCCGAUCGCUCCUUCUCACAAUCUACCCUUCUUCAAACAAAGCAACAGCGCAUGCGCCACGACCCGAAUGAAGCACUGAUAGCCCAGCGCGAGCGCGAAAUCGAGGACAUUGCUCAGGGCAUCAUCGAGCUGGCAAACAUCUUCCAAGAGCUGCAGACUAUGGUUAUUGACCAAGGCAGCAUGCUAGAUCGCAUAGACUACAACGUAGAGAACAUGUCGCGGGACGUGAAAGAGGCGGACAAGGAGCUCAAGGUAGCAUCCGGGUACCAAAAAAGGACAAUCAAGAGGAAGAUCAUGCUGCUACUUGCCAUUUUGAUUGCCGGCGUUUUCAUACUGCUGUCACUCAAACUGAGUCGCAAACGUGCAAUAUUACUUGAUAUCAGCGUCAUCACAACGAUGAGUUGA